CUCUUCUAGAAAAGCUCCAGCGGGUAUAAAAGCAGCGUCGCUUGACGAACAGAGCACAGAUCGAAUUCAAAAAUCGAGCAGUGAACAACUCAAAGCAACUUUGCGCAAAAGCAAAACUUCAAACGAGAAAAAAAAGGAUUAAAAACCUUUGCUUACAAGUCAAACAAGUUCAUUCAACUUAACCAAAGAAAAAAUAUUUCAAUCUCGCAAAAGGAACAUAACCUAAAGGAAACGUAAAAAUGUCGCUAUCUACUCUGCUUUCGCUUGUGGAUGAACUCCAGGAGCCCCGCAGCCCCAUCUACGAGCUUGGACUGGGAUUGCAUCCGCAUUCCCGCUACGUGCUGCCCCUUGGCACUCAGCAGCGCCGUUCCAUCAACGGAUGCCCUUGCGCAUCGCCGAUAUGCCCAUCGUCGCCCGCCGGCCAGGUUUUGGCUUUGCGGCGCGAGAUGGCCAACCGCAACGACAUUCACUGGCCGGCAACCGCCCAUGUGGGCAAGGAUGGAUUCCAGGUGUGCAUGGACGUCGCCCAGUUCAAGCCCAGUGAGCUCAACGUGAAGGUGGUGGACGACUCCAUCUUGGUCGAGGGCAAGCAUGAGGAACGCCAGGACGACCAUGGUCACAUCAUGCGCCACUUUGUGCGCCGCUACAAGGUUCCCGAUGGCUACAAGGCGGAGCAAGUGGUCUCGCAGCUGUCGUCGGAUGGCGUGCUCACCGUCAGUAUUCCCAAGCCGCAGGCCGUCGAGGACAAGUCCAAGGAGCGCAUCAUUCAAAUUCAGCAAGUGGGACCCGCUCACCUCAACGUUAAGGCAAAUGAAAGCGAGGUGAAGGGCAAGGAGAACGGAGCACCCAACGGCAAGGACAAGUAAAGGAGCCAUCAUCAUCCAACAUCAUCCAUCAUCAUUCCCCUACUUAAUUGUUCCUAAUUUAUUGCAUUGUAUUUGUAAUGAGCUAAAGACUAGAAUACUCAUAUUAAUUUAAUAAAUCCUUUUGUUCACCUGGUGUGGAAAAUU